AGUUCCGUAAGAAGCUUUGACUUGGUCUUCGGGCUGUCCAGAUUUAGUAGAUUCGUAGCGCCGUUGGGGUGAAAAAGGAGCAUAAGCAAAAAUUCAACGGAAACGUCACCGUCUGUUAUUUACCUUGUAAUUCAAUUAACUAGAGGAAAAUGCUGAGGUACGCGGUAAUUGCUUGCGCUGUUUUGGUGGCCUUUGCGGGAGCCCUAGAGUUCAGCGAUUGCGGAUCGAAGACGGGCAAGUUCACCAGGGUGGCCAUCGAGGGAUGUGACACCACCAAGGCGGAGUGCAUCCUCAAGAGAAACACGACGGUCAGUUUCUCCAUCGAUUUCGCUUUGGCCGAGGAGGCUUCGGCGGUUAAGACGGUGGUCCAUGGCAAAGUCCUGGGCAUCGAGAUGCCCUUCCCGCUGGCCAAUCCGGAUGCCUGUGUCGACAGCGGACUGAAGUGCCCCCUCGAGAAGGGAGAGUCCUAUCGCUAUACGGCCACCCUGCCUGUCCUGAAGUCCUAUCCCAAGGUCUCUGUCCUGGUAAAAUGGGAGUUGCAGGAUCAGGAUAGUGCGGACAUCAUCUGCGUGGAGAUUCCCGCUAAAAUUCAGUAGCGGAAUCAACCUAAUUUAACCUUGAAUUACUGAAGAGAGUGCACGACGAGCGACUCAGUUUUCCCUCUCUUAUUGUAAUGUAAUUUAAAAUAAAGAAAUUUAAAUUUAAAUUAA